AAUUCUACAAUCACUUCAUGCAUCAUUCAAUCAACAAAAAUCGACUAACCUCUCACCUAAUUUCAACGUCCAUUCAUUCAAUCACAAAAUCCCCUCACCUAAGAACCCUAAUCUGAUACUCAAAAAUUAACAAGGAGAAAGUUCAAAACACACCUGGAGACUCAAGUAGGAUCGAAUGGGAAGGUGAGGAGACGACAAGGGAUUCAAAAAACAGGCCGGAGAGGCUUGUCGGAGCUUCGUCUGAAUCUCGCCAAAAGCUCACCAGAAAUUGCUCUGCCAAAAUAAAUUCGAGCCAAAUCGUCCCAAAACUUCGGUGAAGGGGCGCCCAUACACAAGAAGUAUGGUUUGGUUUUGGUUUUGGAAAAGGACAGCCGGAAGUCAACUAACUCCACGGAAAACAGGUUGAAAUCCUGAUUUUUCGGCGAGGUUCAGAGGAUUCCGAUGAAAAUAUGUUUGUGAAGAAGGGGGAUCAUGGUCCCCUUUUUAUAGUACGAUCAUGAGGUUCACGAACGGAGGUUGAUUUUUACGAUCGUUAAGACUGUGAAAAUAACUCACCAACCGUGAUCUGGAGCAAAAACGGUGAGUUUUAGCAAAGUGGAACUGCUCUUCGAGAUCACGGUCUCCGCCUCAUUAUCACGGUCUAAUGACCGUGUUAAUAGAGCUAAAACCACGAACUGAUGAAAAACAGUGUGUUUUCCAAAUUUUCAAGACUCGAUCUAAUCAACCGUGCCCCUAACUCAAUCACAAAACAUCCAAAACAUUCAAACACAAAGCUCUGGCAUGGUGAUCACCAUUCAACCACUUGAACUUUUCACUGAAUAAAAAAAAUAAGGAAAAGGAAACAAACCUACAUUGGGUUGCCUCCCAACAAGCACUAGUUUAAGGUCCCUAGCUCGAUGUUGCAGAUGUUUCAUGCUUGAGAGAACGAGGCGUCCAAGAGUGGAUCUGCCACGGCCUAAGGGCAAGGCUUGUCACCUCCCCUAAAGCUCCAAAGGAUGACCCUCUUGGCCUAGCACCUUCGCUUUCCCCUUUUCCUUUUUUUUUUUUGGUACCCGCCUUAGGUCCAUGUUUCACAUUAUCACAAGGAGAAAGAGCACUAGUGGGGUUUGCCUUGAGUUUCUCACGUCCACUUCUAAACAUACCAUUCGAUUCCACUUCUUUAACAUCAACAUUAUCACUCUUAGGGUCAACCGAAAAUGUAAUUUGAUGCUCUCCGUCUCUUAUGAUCGAAGUACCCUCAUCAACAUUAAUUAAAGCCUUGGCGAUGGCAAGGAAAGGGCGUCCUAGUUUGAGGGGCAUAUCCGCAUCUUCACUAAUGUCAAGGAUAAAAAAAUCCAUCGGAUAAUAAAAUGUGCCCACCCUCACUAGAAUGUCUUCCACAAUACCCCUAGGGCUAAUCACCGAGCCGUCAACCAAUGUAACACUCAACCUAGCGAGUUUCAAUUAACCUAGGUUCAAUUUCUUGUAAAGCUUAAAUGACAUGGCGUUUAUGCUUGCUCCUAAAUCCGCCAAGGAAUUUUCUAUAUGACAUGUUCCGAUGCAAAGAGGGAUAGUGAAGUUACCUUGAUCUUGUUGCUUUUUAGGCAACUUGUUUUGAAUGAAGACCGAGCACUCCUCACCCAAGGUGACGGUAGCGAGGUCUUCAAAAUUUUGCUUAUUUGCAAGAAGCCCUUUAGGUACUUGGAAUAUCUUGGCAUGUACGCCAUUGCCUCCAAGAAAGGAAUUGUGAUAUGGAGCUUGUUGAGCAUCUCCAUGAACUUUCCACACUCCGCCUCCAAAUGGUCUUUGUGCACCCUUGUAGGGAAAGAGAGAGGAGGAUCGUACUCAGACAGACAGACACUAGUGGUGGCGUUGGCGAUGCCUUCUUAACCUCACCAUCCUCUCCUUGCGAGAGUUCUUUUUCAUCGACCUUUCGAGGAUCCUCUUUUUCUUCAAUUACCUCCUUAGCAACAACAUCCGGAGUUACCUUCCUGCUCCUCAAGAGAAUAGCAUUGCCAUUGGAAUUUUGAUCUUUGGGGUUGGAAAUAGUUUGGGUAGGUAGAGCUCCCAUUGGUCUCUCGAUAAGGAUCCAAGCAAGAUUGCCGAUUUGAGUCUCCAAAUUCUGCAGACUUUCUUGAUGGCUCCUUAGACCUGUCUUAACCGAAGUAUACUUAUGUGUUGCUACAUACAUGAAUUGCUCAAUCUUCUCAAACUUUUGUGAGCUUGUACUCAGAAAGGUGGUAACUAGGUUUUUGAAAACUUGUUGGGUUUUUGUUGGAACCCUUGACCUCCUUGCUGUUGGAAUUGUUGUUGUUGGAAGUUCUAUCCUUGGAGCCUUUGUUGAAUGAAAGGAGGUCUUGGUUGAUAAUUCCCCAUCGACCAUGGAAAAUAGGGGGUAUUGGAUUGCUCGGGGAAUACCAUGCGAAAUUUGGAUGGUUUCGCCACCCUGGAUUGUAAGUGUUGCUAUAGGGCUUGUUGUUGUUUCCCCUAGUAUUGGCAAUGAAGCUUACUUGCUCUUCUGGAGUGCUUGUUUCCUUCAUUAAUUGACACUCUGCAAUCUCAUUGUUGGUACUCUAACACCAAUCACACGCCAUCGCUGACUUCUUAUCCUCUAGAAGUGAAAUUAUUAACUGGUCGAUCUUUGUGGCGAGCGGAGGAAUCACCUCUGUGGAGGGUAAUCCUCUCUCGACACUCCUUCUACCACGCCUCGUCAAACCCCAAUGAUACCCUUUUUCACCAUAUCUUCAAGAAAAGUGGUCAUCUCGGGUGGAGUCUUGUUCAUCAAGUUCCCUUGACAUAGAGAGUCAAUGAGAAUCUUGUCUUAUUGGAGAAGACCAUCGUAGAAGGUUUCGAUCCGAAACUGCCCUCCAAAUCCGUGAUAUGGACAUUGGAGGAAAAAUUCAGAGUACCUCUCCCAUGCAUCCCUCAAUAGCUUGUCUUCCUCUUGAGCGAAGUGGGUGAUCUUCUUGCGCAACUCUGUCGUCUUGGAAGGUGGACAAUAUCAGGCCAUGAACUUGUUGAGCAAGUCGUCCCAUUAGGUAAUCGAUAGGGGUGGUCUAUUGUUGAGCCACUUGAGCGCUUUCCCAACAAGAGACUAGGGGAAAAGCCUCAACUUCAAAGCCUUCUCGGAUACCCCAUCGAUCUACAAACUUCUUACAAUCUCGAUGAAUCUAUGGAUAUGCUACCUUGGAGACUCAUCCUUAUGCACAUGGAACUGGACGUUGUUCUGGAUCAUUGUGAUGAGGUCGGGUUUAAUCUCGAAAUUGUUGGCGGCCACGGGUGGAUGUAAAAUGGUUAGUUGGAUAUCUGCCGCCGUGGAGCCAUAUCGUAGCCCAUGGUCCUCGGUUCCUCAUUUGUCUAUUGGGCGUUAUGAUUCUACGCCAUCUCAGCUUCAAUUCCUUCCUCGUCAACUACAACUUCUUCUUCAACUCGGGACCAACUUGUGGUUUUCCCCUCUCCUCUAUCCUUCUUCUUGCUUCCGCCGGCUCUCUCUCAUGAGCCAAGAAUCGGAGAGUGUGGUUGAGGUUCUCGUCUAAUGGCACACAAAGGUGUCGGAUUACUCCGGGUCGUACACCCUCCUACACACACUCCAAAAAAAACACAACUCGGGCUAACACAAGCAAGUUUCACAAUCAACAAAACAAAAAGUAAAUAAUAGAUUAACACCGAACAAUGUUUUCAAAAUAACGGACCAAAUUUCCCUGGCAGCAGCGCGAAAAACUUGUCUCGUCUCGAAUACCACAAUUUAAAUCCCGACUUAGGCCCAAGUAUAAACUCUAGUCGGGUGCAAUAUAGGGCAAGUAUGCUU